ACGAUGUCACACUGGUAGGAGUUUCCAAAGCUGUAGCGUAUAUAAUGACUGACAGACAAGAGCCAGACAGAAUCCAGACUUACUGGGAGACUGAGCAGACAACAGUCUACAUCUCACCAACCUUGGAAGCAGAAAGCCAGAGAUAUCAGCAGGGAAACCCAAAGAUGAAUACAUCUCCAGCUGAACUACAGGAGCGCUACAACGAGGAGGGCUUCCUCUCACCGCUGCCCGUGCUGGACGAGACAGAGCUGAGGGAGGCCAGGGAGGCUUUCGCUAAGCUGGAGGAGGAAUUUGGUACAGAGUACACACAGUACAGCCUCCACAAUGUUCAUCUUCAGUACCCCUGGGUGAUGAACUUGACCAAACAUCCCCGCAUCCUGCAAGUGAUCCAAGCCAUCCUGGGACCCGACGUCAUUCUGCUGGACUCUCGAUUUAUCUGUAAAUACCCGACAGUCAAACCAACCAAACUCCAGGAGAGCAAAACAGAUCAAAGCAAACCUGAUGGAGACGAUGAGCUUCCUUAUGUGGCCUGGCACCAGGAUAUGAGGUACUGGGGUAUUGCUGGUGGACCUGUUCUGUCUGUGUGGCUUGCUCUUGAUGAUUCACAAAAAGACAACGGAGUCCUUCAGGUCAUCCCAGGAAGUCACUGCUCUGGCAUGUUGCUCCAUCGCCAAGCAACCCGCCCUGGAAACCUACUGUCAGUCAACCAGGAGAUCCCAGAGGAGCUGGUGCGGGUGGACGAAGCUGUACUUUGUCCUCUGAAAGCCGGACAGAUGUCGAUUCAUGAUGGACUUCUUGUCCAUGCAAGUGAUGCCAACACUUCCCAAAGGAGGCGCUGUGGCUUUGUGAUCCGUUAUGUUCCCACCUAUGCCUACCCCACUGAGGAUCCUGAUCGUCCCAGGAAAUUUCAUGCAACAGAGUUGGUUUGUGGGGUGGACCAGUUCCACCAUUUCUCCAACAAAAGCACAUGAAGGAUAAGUGAAGACUUCACAACAACUGCUUUAACAUCUCAUUUAAUAAAUCCAAUGUCUUAGUUUUUUAUAUGGAAUUAUGUAUGUGGACUAUAAUACAUCACUGACAUCAUUGUCUUGUUAACUUAUUAUUUCAACCUGCUAAUGCAUGUUUAAAAAUGAUUAAAAGAAGAAAAAUAAAAUGUUGAAAAUCUCAUUUUCUUUUCUUAAAUCACAUUUUUGUUCCUUCACAUGUGCAUGUGGUUUAAAAUUCAGUAAAUUUACGGAACUCUAGCCUUGAAGACAAAGGCAGUUGAAAAAAUACAUAAUUGAGUACAAACGUCCAGGUAGCUUCAAAAUUAAACCAACAGCACAGAGAAUGGCCAGACAGAAGAAGAAUCAUCUACACUUCUGCAUGUUGCUAUUGUGAUAUAUUAUAUUAUUUACAUGUUAAAAUAAUCUGAUCAUGGUAUCAAGUUUCUACACAUAGAAAUACAAUUUAAUUUACAUGCUCCACUUUCACAGAACAGUACUUUAUUAGAGAUAUUUUAGUAGCAUAUAUAGGCUUUAAAAUUCAGAAAUGCUUUGGAACACACUCGACACACUGUAAGAAUAUUUUGAAUAGUAUAAUAAUAUUUUUUGUCCCCACAGAUUGAAAAGAGAAGGCGCUCUAGAGUCACCUCAUGUCUAACUGUGCAUGUCCCAGUUAGACAUGCACAGUUAGCUGUGCAUGUUUGGUGUGUACUUUCACCACCACUCUGUUAAAGUAUCCAUAGUAAAAUUAAGAAAUGUUUACAACAAUGCAGAUUUUCAAAGAUUUUUCAUGCUACAACAACUUGGGAAAGUGCGUUUGUUGACUCAAUUCUUGGUCAAUUUGACCAUAUGCUUUGAAUAGUUAUUGUGGUUGAGCCUCAAGUCUUUUUUGUGUUUUUUUUUUUUUUUUUUUUUUGAGAAUGGCUUAUUUUAGUGGUUAUGUUUUUCAUAUUCAUCUCUUAUUUCAUGACUGUCCCACUAGACAUAUAGAUAUUCUAAUGGUUGUUUGGAAGCCUGAUUAAUCUAAAAGAGCACUCUACAACUUUUUACUUUCCUCACGUUGCAUGUGGUGGCAACAUCAAUGUGUCCAGUCUUGUGUAAUAUUUCCAGCUUUUUUAAAGUUUUCAUUUGGUGCUAAUCCAAUGACUGCAAGUCUAGGUGGAAGAUUUCUACCUGACUGGAACAGGAAGUCAUGAAUUAUUGAUUUAAAGAUCCUAGACACUGAGAUGAUGCAAUGUAAAGACAUGUUUCCACAACUAU